AUGGGAGCAGCUGGUGGCGGAUUCUCCCUGGAUGCGUUUAAGCGCGUUCCCCCCGCAGCUCGAGGGCCAUACAUCUGGCUUGCGGUCAUCUGGGCGUCCUACUGCGGUGGGUUGCAUGGCUUCAAUACGGCCAACAUAUCCGGAGCGAUGCAGAUGAAGCAAUGGGAUGAAGACUUUGGAUGGAAGCACCUUGCCAGUACGACCGUAUCUAAUUAUGAAGGAUGGGUGGUAUCCUCGAUGCUUUUGGUACGUGGCCAAACAGUCGGAGUGUUCUUCGCAGGUCCGCUGGGGGACCGACGAGGGCGAAAGUCGGUCAUCCUCGCUGCAGCCAUCUGCUAUACCAUCGGGGCUAUUCUGAUGGCCGCCAACCUGGGCUCUUUUGCCGAGCUGCUCGUCGGGCGUGUCCUGUCUGGGCUAGGAUCUGGACUGGGCAUGUCUGCCGGGCCCAUAUAUAUCUCGGAGGUAGCGCCUCUGGAGCUGCGGGGAAUGAUGACCACCUUCUACAAUGUGAAUAUAAUGGGCGGCGUGACGGGCAGCUACUGGAUCAACUACGCAUCGCUGGAAGUCAUUCCCAGCACCUCCAGCUGGCAAUGGCGCACCACUCUGGUGCUGCAAUCCAUCCCUGCCCUCAUUCUCCUGCUCGGAUUCCCCUUCUUCCCAGAGAGCCCCCGCUACCUGAUGAUGCGCGGUCGCGUUGAGGCAGCACAUCGCAGUCUGUCCCGGCUGCGUGGUGACAUGGAUGAGAGCACUGAAUACUUUGCGCGUGAAUACACCGAGCUCUGCAGCAAGCUGGACACGACGUCCGAAUCUGCAGUGCAAGCCUUCCUCACUCUGCUGCGCGAAUGCAUCCACCACGCUCCAACACGCAAAGUGCUUCUUUUCGUUACCCUCAUCCAGACCUUUUUCAUCAUGUCAGGAGGCAACAGCAUCACGUACUACGCGCCGGACAUUCUCAACUCGAUCGGACUGACCCAGACGCAAGUACUCCUCUUCACCGCCAUCUACGGCCUGAUCAAGUUCGUAUCCGUGUUGUUCUACGCCUUCUUCCUGACCGACCGCUACGGCCGUCGGCCUCUAUUGCUCCUCGGCUCCACCAUAAACGUACUUUGCCUCCUGUACCUCACCUGCUACCUCGCUCUCAGCCCCCCGUCCUCCUCCUCCACCGGCCUCUCGGCAGCCUCCUGGGUCAGCAUCGUCGCCAUCUGCAUCUACGCCAUCGGAUACGGCUUCGGCUGGGCGCCAGCGUUUUCACUAACUGCAUCGGAGAUCUGCCCGACCCGGAUCCGCGGCACAGUAGUAACCCUGGCGUUCACGUACCAGAACUUGCUAAACUUCGGAAUUACGCGCGCGUUCCCGAACAUGACGGAUAGUAUGCACACCUGGGGUCCAUUUGCCCUGUUCACGGCAUUCACCACAGUGGGGACGCUGUGGGUAGCGGCUGCGUUUCCCGAAUGCAAGGGCAAGAGCAUGGAGGGGAUGGAGGAGGUGUUUACGAGGCCGUGGUGGCGGGUGGGAUGGGAUCUCCCUAUCCAUAAGGAGAGAAGCGGCCGGUCGGAGGAAACAGAGGUUGAGAAAGGAACCAGUACGCAUGCGGAGAUAGUAUGA